AUUGUCUUUCAAUUUACACGAUAGUAAUGAUAAUUAAUUCAUUAAUUAAUUAUUGAGUGUGAUUCAACUGCUUCAUGAAGUUCCCUCGCUCUCUCAUUGACUACUAUCUUCAAUCAGUCUGUGUUCCUGAUUUCAAGGCAGAAGGAAUUUUUACCUUUCCCGCCAUUUUUAUGCAUUUUAACUAAAAACUAAAAAUGAGAAAAUCCAGAGGAAGUUUUAUUGCCUCUUCAAUGUAUACAAAUAGAUCAGCUAGGAGGUUAUAUUACUAUCUAUCAGCUGGAAUACUAAUUUUUUUAUGUGUAUAUGUAAUAUAUCAGAUUAACACAACCUCAGUGAUUGUUUUAAAUGGGCUGUUUGAUCCAGUCUGUCAAUAUAAAACAAAGCCUAUCCACAAGCCUCAUUAUCAUUUUGUCAAUGAUUCAGUCCAUAUAGCAAUGUUAUUAGCUGGCGGUAUAGACAACUGCUAUCAAGCUGAGACACAGAUUAAAUCUCUUCUAUUCAAUCAACGUAGAUGGUAUCAAUCAAAGGAUAAUUGUUGUAAAUUUGCACAUUUCCCUCAUUUCAAUACAGAUUGGUUAAGCUUGAUUGAAGCUGCCCAGUAUCAGUUGAAUAAUUAUGAAAGAUUAACACUUGUCUUUCAUUUUAUUGUUGAUGAAAAAUCGUAUGAAUUUAUGAAAGAAUUAAUGCUGGAUUGGAAUUUAGAUGGGAUAGAUGUAAAAUAUUAUGAUGUCAAUAAAUAUGAGAAACAGAUACAUUCAUUCAAAUCUGGACAUUACUCAGGAUAUAGAAGUUAUCUGAAACUGCUGAUCACUCAAAUUCUACCACCUGAAGUAGAUAAGGUUAUUCUGCUAGAUUCAGACAUGUUAUUCAAUGAUGAUAUUGUAAAACUUUGGAAGUUAUUCAAUGAAUUCAAUGAAGAUCAGUGCAUUGGAAUUGUUGCUGAACAAAAUCCGACAUUUUACUCUAAUAUGGGACAUAAAUUUUGGCCUAAUUUGGGAUUCGGUUACAAUGCUGGACUUUUGUUAAUUGACUUGGCUAAAUUACGCAAGCGUCAGUGGGAUAAACUUUGGAUGAAAGUUGUCUUCUAUCUAAUGAAACAGAAAGGACGUUUGCCAACUGCUGAACAAGAUGUUAUCAACGCUAUGUUAAGUCAAAAUAAACGUUGGUUAUAUGAGAUCCCGUGUGAAUGGAAUAUUCAGCUGAGUGCAUUCUCCUUACGUCAGCGUUGUCCAGUUGUAUGGAAAUUUAUUUUCAGUGAUAAGAAUCAAGAAGAAUUUAAUGAAGUCAAGACAAUUUCAUUAUUAAAAUAUCCUAUUGCUAAACUGUUACAUUUUAAUGCCCACGUAAAACCAGAAUAUUUCUAUCCGAUUCCGUUGAGAUUUCCUUCAGCUACUGGUCGAUGGAAUGAAUAUUAUUCAACUAUUCAGUUAUCAAGAAUGUAUUUACAAUUCUAUUACAAUUUACGCGGAAUGAGUCGUCACUGUUUUAUAUAG